AUGUCGUCUUCUUCUUCCUCCAAGAAGCUCCAUGUCUACGGCGGCAAGGCCUCCUUCAUGACCUGGAGGCUGCAUGACGUCCUCUACGUGGCCAAGCACUAUUGGAUACCCUGUAUCUUCGCAAUGGGCUUCCUCUUCUUCGGGAGCGUCGAGUUCACGCUCGGCAUGGUUCCCUCGUCGUCUCCGCCCUUUGAUGUCGGCUUCGUCACCACGCGCUCCCUCCACCUCCUCCUGGCUUCCAAGCCCAAGCUCAAUACAUUUCUUGCUGGUCUUAACACGGUGUUUGUGGGAAUGCAGAUAACAUAUAUUCUAUGGACAUGGCUAGUAGAGGGCCGGCCAAGAGCCACAAUCUCAGCGCUCUUCAUGUCCACAUGCCGGGGCAUCCUUGGCUACUCUACCCAACUUCCAUUGCCUCAGGGAUUUUUGGGGUCCCGCGCAGACUUCCCAGUUGGCAAUGUGUCUUUUUUCCUUUUCUUCUCAGGGCAUGUAGCAGGUUGUGUGAUUGCAUCUUUGGACAUGAGGAGAAUGCAGAGGUGGGAAAUGGCAUGGACAUUUGAUGCACUGAAUGUGCUACAAGCACUGAGGUUGCUAGGGACAAGGGGCCACUACACAAUAGACUUGGCUGUGGGGGUUGGGGCUGGUUUUCUCUUUGAUUCUCUGGCAGGCAAGUAUGAAGAAAGCAAGAGAUCAAAAGCACCUACAACAAAUGGUACCAAAGAGGCUUUCUUUAUGUGAA